UUGCCAAACAGACAGCGGAGUUGUUGGGUCAAACCCUCAUUCAUUUCUUUUGGGGUAAAAAAGAGCCAUGUCUGGGCUCAACGCGUCUCUGGGAUACUUCCUGGCUGUUGUCAUUUUUGCGGCCCUGGUCCAAACGCUCUUUAAAAGAUGGCCUCGGUUCGCCUUCGUCUUGGAGUUUGCGUCCUCUUUCAUGCUGGUGGCGUGUCGGCUGGAGGUGCAGACCAUCGUGGAGGUGGGCGAGUGGGCCGGGGGCCUGGGUCCUGAUGUGACUCUGACCGUACUGUUCCUGGUGCUGCUGACGCACGGCGUGAUCUGCGGCGACGCGUCGGGGAACCCCACCCUGGUCGUGCUGAAGUUCCUGCAGCUGGAGGCCACCACCUUGGCCACUCUCCUGGCCGUUGCAGCCCAGUUUCUCGGGGCCCACCUGGCCCUCCACGUGGCCGCAUACUACUGGAGUCUGGAGCUGACGGACAUGCACAUGAUCAAAAACCUGAUGGCGAGAGAGUGCAGCACGUCUCUGCUGGUCUCUCUGCUUCAGGGUUUUUUCACCGAGUGCGUUUGCACGCUCGUCUUACAUCUAGUCCUUCUGAACCUGAGACGCAGGUCUGCUCUGAUCCGCGUGCCUCUGAUCGCGGUUUUCCUCACCUUCCUGUCCCAUAUAGCCAAAGGCUACACCUCAGCUUACAUGAGUCCCUCCUUAUCUUACGGCCUCACCUUCCAGUGUCCUGGAUUCACCUUCUCACAGUACGCGGUGGUCUACUGGCUGGGCUCUCUCACAGGCAUGAUUCUGGCUCUCCUCAUGUACACGGGCCACAUCCCGAGGAUCUUUGCCAAGAACCUUCUGUACUUUCAGAAGACACGUUUCCGAGUGAAGAAGGCCGACAAAGCAGAGAAGAAGAAACUGUGAAAGAAACUGCAACCUUUUUUUUAUUACUUUUCAAAUCAGCCUUUAAGGAAAAGUAGCUGACAACGAAUGGUCAAGAGAUUUUUACUGUACAGAAAAUGUUAAAUAUCCUUGUCAAUCAUUUUCAAUAAAA